AAUAAGAACAAUCCAGUUGUGGUCAGGGAUAACAUCUGUCCCUUCCCAAGCACAGGGUGCCCGGCAUAGGAGCUGCCCUACAGGUGUCUGUUCCUUGCUUUCUGUCACUGUUAAGGGAAGAGUGGCAGGAAUCAUUCUAAUAAUUUGGGCUAUUCUGCAAACCCUUGGCCUUGCGCUGUCUGUGGCUCGGGCUCACCAUUGUCAGAAUCCAGGGGCAGAAAGAACCGAGGCCUCCUCUACUGCACUCACCUGGAGGCUGCCUGCGGGCUCGGGUUGCUAAGUGCACUGUUCAUUUACCAGCACUUUUUAUCCUGAAUCUUAACCAGCCAAGGCUGUGGUCCCCGUUCCCGACAAGGACGGGGGUGGGGUGGAAUUAAUUAAGCCUAGAGGAGGAGACUCUAAAGGGGUGGAGCUAAGGUCAAAGAAAGGGGAACCCUUUAAAUAAGGGGCCCACACUGGCUGCCCAGGAGUGUGCAGGACCAGCCAGCGGGAAGCAGGGCUGCUGCGCUGCCCGUCCACUGCCUUCACUGUCAGUCUACAGGAAGACACCUGAGCCCUUCGGGAGAUGAUGGAGCCGGAGGAGUACAGAGAGAGAGGGAGAGAGAUGGUGGAUUACAUCUGCCAGUACCUGAGCACGGUGCGGGAGAGGCGGGUGACCCCAGACGUGCGGCCAGGCUACCUGCGAGCCCAGCUUCCCGAGAGUGCUCCCGAGGAGCCCGACAGCUGGGACAGCAUCUUUGGGGACAUCGAGCGGAUCAUCAUGCCUGGGGUGGUGCACUGGCAGAGCCCGCAUAUGCAUGCCUACUACCCAGCCCUCACCUCCUGGCCAUCCCUGCUGGGAGACAUGCUGGCUGAUGCCAUCAACUGCUUGGGAUUCACCUGGGCUUCCAGCCCUGCCUGCACGGAGCUGGAGAUGAAUGUCAUGGACUGGCUGGCGAAAAUGCUGGGGCUCCCAGAUCACUUCCUGCACCACCACCCGGGCAGCAAGGGCGGAGGCGUCUUGCAGAGCACAGUCAGCGAAUCCACUUUGAUCGCACUGCUGGCAGCAAGGAAGAACAAAAUCCUGGAGAUGCAAGCAUCUGAGCCUGAUGCCGAUGAGUCCUCCCUGAAUGCCCGACUCGUGGCCUAUGCCUCUGACCAGGCUCACUCCUCAGUGGAGAAGGCCGGUUUAAUUUCCCUUGUGAAGAUGAAAUUUCUGCCUGUGGAUGACAAUUUCUCACUCCGCGGGGAAGCUCUUCAGAGAGCCAUCGAGGAAGACAAGCGGCGGGGCCUGGUGCCUGUCUUUGUCUGUGCAACACUAGGGACCACUGGGGUCUGUGCAUUUGACUGCCUCUCAGAGCUGGGCCCCAUCUGUGCCAGCGAGGGGCUGUGGCUCCACAUCGAUGCUGCUUAUGCGGGCACUGCCUUCCUGUGCCCUGAGUUCCGGGGCUUCCUGAAGGGCGUCGAGUUGGCUGACUCCUUCACCUUUAAUCCUUCCAAGUGGAUGAUGGUGCACUUCGACUGCACUGGCUUCUGGGUCAAGGACAAGUAUAAGCUGCAGCAGACCUUCAGCGUGAACCCUGUCUACCUCAGGCAUGCCAACUCGGGUGCGGCCACCGACUUCAUGCACUGGCAGAUCCCCCUGAGCCGCCGGUUUCGCUCUAUUAAACUCUGGUUCGUGAUUCGGUCCUUCGGGGUGAAGAAUCUUCAAGCACAUGUCAGACAUGGUACUGAAAUGGCUAAGUAUUUUGAGUCUCUGGUCAGGAAUGACCCUUUGUUUGAAAUUCCUGCCAAGAGGCACCUUGGCCUGGUGGUUUUCCGUCUGAAGGGUCCUAACUGCCUCACAGAAAGCCUGCUAAAGGAAAUAGCCAGAGCUGGCCAGCUCUUCCUCAUCCCUGCCACCAUCCUGGACAAGCUGAUCAUCCGCUUCACCGUGACGUCCCAGUUCACCACCAGGGAAGACAUCCUGAGGGACUGGCACCUCAUUCGCGACGCUGCCACGCUCAUCUUGAGUCAGCACUGCACUUCCCAGCCCAGCCCCCAGGUCAGGAACCUCAUGCCUCGAAGCCGAGAGCCCGGAGCCCUGGGCAGCGGGAUGCCCCUUCCGCCUGCGCCCGCGGCGGGAGACGACUCAGCCCCGGCCAGGAAGAUCAUCAAGCAGCCUCAGCGUGUGGGAGCUAGAGCCACCAGAAGCGAAGACAGCUGCCACGUUGAAGCUUUGCAGGAUCCGCUCGACGACUUCUCGGAGGAGGCCCCGGAUGUCAGCAAGCACAGGCUGUCCUCUUUCCUGUUCAGGUACUUGUCCGUGCAGCAUAAGAGGAAGACCGUGCGCUCGCUCAGCUGCCACAGCGUGCCCGUGUGUGCUCAGAAGCCGCUGGCCACAGACGGCUCUGCGAGGAGCGGGGGCUCCUCCAGGGUCAGAAUCUUUUCCAGGUUUCCAGAAGAGAUGCUGCUGCUGAAGAAGAGUGCCUUCAAAAAACUCAUCAAGUUCUACAGCGUCCCCAGCUUUCCCGAGUGCAGCUCUCAGUGUGGCCUCCAGCUGCCCUGCUGCCCCCUGCAGGCCAUGGUGUAGACACGGAGGUCCUUGGCCAGAGCUUGAGAUCAUGCUUCGGGGUGGGGGGGUCUGUGACCCCCUCAGAAUUGUAUGCGAGUUUGUGUGCUUAUGUCUGUGUGCAUUUUCCUUGGGAGCAAGUCUGUAAUUUGUAUCCGAUUCUCCGAGGGGUUCCUGACCCCAAAAGCAUAUAAAUGGAGAGUGUAGGCCAGCGUGAUCUAGAAGGUUCCAGUAGCUCAUCAAAAAGAAAGGCUGAGGGUAGCAUAUUGACAGGCAGCUUCUGUGGCUCAGCUUGUGACAUGGAAUUAACAUAGAAAUAAAUUGUAUUUGUGUCUGAAACAAAACCUGUCCCGUGU